CCCGCUUCCCAGCCUGGCCGGCUGCCGGGUCCCCAGCAGGCCGCGGUGUCUCCCCAGCCUCCCCUCCCACCCAAUUUCUGCGGGCUCGGGCCUACGGCUCGCUCCCGGAAGUGGCGGCUCCCAGCGGGGCCGGAAGUGGCAGUGGAGGGAGGGAAGAUGGCGGAGGUGGUGAGUCCGGUGCCCGGGGCGGGGCGGAGGGAGCCAGGGGAGGUGGGUAGAGCCCGAGGCCCCCCAGCAGCCGACUGUGGCGCCGCGCUGUGUCCCCAGGGGGAGAUCAUCGAGGGCUGCCGCCUGCCCGUGCUGCGGCGGAACCAGGACAACGAAGAUGAGUGGCCCCUGGCCGAGAUCCUGAGCGUGAAGGACAUCAGUGGCCGGAAGCUUUUCUACGUCCAUUACAUUGACUUCAACAAACGCCUGGAUGAAUGGGUGACCCACGAGCGGCUGGACCUGAAGAAGAUCCAGUUUCCCAAGAAAGAGGCCAAGACGCCCACCAAGAACGGACUUCCUGGGUCCCGUCCCGGCUCUCCGGAGAGAGAGGUGCCGGCCUCAGCGCAGGCCAGCGGGAAGACUUUGCCAAUCCCGGUCCAGAUCACUCUCCGCUUCAACCUGCCCAAGGAGCGGGAGGCCAUCCCCGGUGGCGAGCCCGACCAGCCGCUCUCCUCCAGCUCCUGCCUGCAGCCCAAUCACCGCUCAACGAAACGGAAGGUGGAGGUGGUUUCGCCAGCAACUCCAGUGCCCAGCGAGACAGCCCCGGCCUCCGUUUUUCCGCAGAAUGGCUCAGCCCGUAGGGCAGUGGCAGCUCAGCCAGGACGGAAGCGGAAGUCCAACUGUUUGGGCACUGAUGAGGACUCCCAGGACAGUUCCGACGGGAUUCCGUCUGCUCCUCGCAUGACUGGCAGUCUGGUGUCUGACCGAAGCCACGACGACAUAGUGACCCGGAUGAAGAACAUUGAGUGCAUCGAGCUGGGCCGGCACCGUCUCAAGCCCUGGUACUUCUCGCCGUACCCGCAGGAGCUCACCACGCUGCCCGUCCUCUACCUCUGCGAGUUCUGCCUCAAGUACGGCCGCAGCCUCAAGUGUCUGCAGCGGCACCUGACCAAGUGUGACCUGCGACACCCCCCUGGCAACGAGAUCUACCGCAAAGGCACCAUCUCCUUCUUUGAGAUCGAUGGCCGCAAGAACAAGAGUUACUCCCAGAACCUGUGUCUCUUGGCCAAGUGCUUCCUCGACCACAAGACUCUGUACUACGACACGGACCCGUUCCUCUUCUACGUCAUGACCGAGUAUGACUGCAAGGGCUUCCACAUCGUGGGCUACUUCUCCAAGGAGAAGGAGUCCACAGAAGAUUACAACGUGGCCUGCAUCCUGACGCUGCCUCCCUACCAGCGCCGGGGCUACGGCAAGCUGCUCAUCGAGUUCAGCUACGAGCUCUCCAAGGUGGAAGGGAAGACGGGGACGCCCGAGAAGCCCCUCUCGGACCUUGGCCUCCUGUCCUACCGAAGCUACUGGUCACAGACCAUCCUCGAGAUCCUGAUGGGGCUCAAGUCGGAGAGCGGGGAGAGGCCGCAGAUCACCAUCAACGAGAUCAGCGAGAUCACCAGCAUCAAGAAGGAGGACGUCAUCUCCACGCUGCAGUACCUCAACCUCAUCAACUACUACAAGGGCCAGUACAUCCUCACGCUGUCGGAGGACAUCGUGGACGGGCACGAGCGCGCCAUGCUCAAGCGGCUCCUCCGCAUCGACUCCAAGUGUCUGCACUUCACGCCCAAGGACUGGAGCAAGAGGGGCAAGUGGUGACCACGACCCGCGCGGCCCAGCCCACAGCGGAGGGCGCCGGACACCCGGGGCGGGGCCGCGGGACGGAGGGUGGCCGCCCGAAAACUUGCUUUGUGCGACACGAGCCGAGCCGGGGCGGGCUCUCGGACCCCCGCCCCAGCAAUAAAAGGUUUCUGCGGGCCAGAGCCCCCGGUGCCCACAAACUCA